ACUGGGAACUUAAGGGACUCUUGGAAACCCUGGAUGAUCAUAAGUUGGAUGGACCAGCAUAGAAGGACCAGCCUUGGUGCCACAAACUGGUGAUAAGACACUGAAUAUUUAGAGCUGAAAGAACCGGAGAGUCCUCAUGCUUUCUCCAGUGGAGGACCACCUACUGUGAUUUGGAGUUUACCACCCACUGGGAUACCCUCCUUGAAGAAUCAGAAAUAAUUCCAGACAAAGAAAAGUUGAUCUUGGAAAACGUCUCAUGUGUGGAUCUCGGCUGUAAUCACAGAGGCAGCGCCCAGAACAACUGAUAAGCUAAAGGAAGAAAAUCAAUACCUGAAAAAUCUGAGCUCACCACUCUGUAAGCAUGAGUGAGGAAAUGGAGAUAGCAGAUGAGAAAGACUGGACGGAACUUGAACCCAACUAUCCUGUCAAAAUCUUCCUGACAAUCUUUUACAGCCUCAUCCUGGUGACGGGCAUCAUGGGUAACUCAAUUACAAUCAGAGUGACACAAGUGCUGAGGCGCAACGGCUACCUUCAGAAGAAUGUCACCGACCACAUGGUGAGCCUGGCUUGCUCGGACUUGCUGGUGCUCCUCAUCGGCAUGCCGGUGGAACUCUAUAGUGCCAUCUGGUUCCCGUUUUCAUCCGCAGAAGGGGAUACUGCCUGUAAGAUAUACAACUUCUUGUUUGAGGCUUGCAGCUAUGCCACCAUCCUCAAUGUAGCCACGCUUAGCUUUGAGCGCUACGUGGCUAUCUGCCACCCGUUCCGCUAUAAAGCAUUAGGCAGUAAACGCACCUCUGCACUCAUUACGCUUGCCUGGCUGGUAUCCGUGCUUGUUGCCCUGCCAUUGCUGGUCGCCACGGGAACUCAGGGACACAUUCCGUACCUGCAAGAUACACCUGUGCAAAAUCUGACAUUCUGUACGAACCUGAGGGAGCGCUGGGUGAUGUACAGGGUCAGCAUCUUUGUGGCUUUCGUCGUCUACAUCAUUGUGUUGGUGUGCGUUGCCUUCAUGUGCCGCGCCAUGGUCCUCGUCCUUCGGAAGCCUUUAGGAUCAGUGGAUGACGGCAUCAAGGGGACUCAAAAAACACCCAAGCAUGAAAGUGCAAAGGUCAAGACAGCCAGGAAGCAGACCAUCAUUUUUCUUGGUCUUAUUGUGGGAUCUUUGAUGGUGUGCUGGCUUCCCAACCAGAUUCGUCGUCUCAUGAUGGCUGCCGUGCCCAAGUCCCGCUGGACUACAUCCUACUUCAAGAGCUAUGUCACUCUCCACCCUGUGGCGGACACCUUCUUCUACCUCAGCUCCGUGCUCAACCCGUUCCUCUACAACCUCUCCUCCAAACAGUUCAGGGAGGUUUUUGUCCAGGUCCUGCGGUGCCGCCUCACCAUCGAACACAAAAACAAGCGCACGGUGCAGACCUCCCGAGCUGCCUCCGCACGCUCCCUGCAGCCCCUCCUGAUAAGGUCAUUGCGUCGCAGCAAGGCGAACCGUCCGACCCUUACACAAGACAAAACUCCUCCCACCUUUACAACCUUUCAGAGUCAAAGUGACUCUGGAGUGGCUUCAAUUACUCAAACGUCUCUCAGCCUGACUGAGGAGUCUGACUCUGUGCUCAAAACAAAGAGAGACAUGCCAUCAGAAACUGAGGUAUAAUGGUGCUGUACAACUUAAUGGGACACAGCGAGCAGAACAACAAACGGAUGCUUGCGCUGUACCUGCAACAUAUAGAUUCCUUUUACGCAGCAUACAGAGCACAAAGUGUUGAAUCAGGAAUUUCAUUAGCAGAUUAUGCUCAGCUGACAAAUAGCAAGCUGGACUGGACUCCUCAAGUGUUAGAUUGUCAUUAAGUCAGAAAACUAUUAUACAGCUCAAAUAUUCAGUUAAGUAUCAAGACUCAACAGCUUGAGUUAAAGUCAAAGGGUUAGGGUUAGGGUUAGGGUUGACCACUACUGGCGUGAGGGAGAACAUUUUUGAAGUAUGCAUCCUUGUGAUGUUUGCAACCACUCGGCGGCACUGAGUUGUAAGGGAAUUUCGGCUCAGUGGCUGCAGUUGGGAUAGCAGCUCACAUGACGUGCACUGGCUCAAAACGACUUUUUCCAUCCACAUUCAUCGUAAAAGCAAAGGGCAGGAAAAUGAGGAACAAAACACCUUAAAAUCACUCUUGACGUGAUCAAAAUUAAGCCCUUAGGUCCAUCAAAUGUCAACAGUUACUAAAUAAGUAAAUCAUUUUGGGGGGCCAGCAGAAAGUCAUUAUGUUAGAUGGGACAAAAAUGCACCAGCCUGAUGAAGCCAAGAACAGUUUUUCCAUGUACGCACCCAGUGAGCAACGUUCACUGGAACAAACUGCGGUAUUCUGUGCCUUGAAAAACCAACCAGAUGUCGACAUAAUGUAAAUAACCCCAUGCACCUGAGGCUGACAUAUUGACCAACAUGACAAAUAAAGUCGUAGUUGUAUCCUGUAUGUUUUGUUGCUGUUGGGAAAUUUUAUUUAUUGGAUACUUUAGAGUGAAAAUAUAAUAAGUUCAAGAGAGAUGUACAAGCAGGUUGGCUUGGCAUCAGAAGUGAUG